AUGGAAAUAAUAUUGCAUGGAGGCUCAGCACAGCUGUCAAGUUCUUAUCGAGCAGUGUAUCGAACCAUUCGUGAGGGACAUUUGGAAGCAAAUAUGAGCAACUUCUUGAUUAAUUUGAAACUUAAAAUUGCUACAACAUUUGCUGGAAAGUUAUUGUUGGAAGAUAUAAUAUGUGGUACAGAAGUCCGAUCCAUUGACAUUAAGUUGACACCGAAAUUACACGAAUUGGUUGAUCAAGGUUUACGAAUAGAAUUGGAUGAAACCGUAUCUGUUGUCAUCUGUGAAGCUCUGGAAGCUUUUACAAAUAAAUUUGAGGAGCGUUUAAAUAAAUUAAUACGUUCACCGGUCGUCGAAAUCAAAAUCAAUGAUACAAUCACCAAUCUUCUCAUCGAUACCACAAUAAGUAAUGAUAUUUCCCUGACUGAGGAUUAUUUCGAUUUUCCACUUCUUGGAUCUCCCGCGGUCAAAAAAUUGGAAAGUGAAGGACAUCUUAUGAAAUCACCGAACGAUAAAAUGGAAAUGAUUUAUUUGUAUAUCUCGGAAUCGGUACUAAAUAUAUUCCUGAAACAGCUUGCAACAUUUGGAGAUACGGCAUUGCAGUUACACACAAAUCCAGAAUUCCAGAAGAUGCUUAGCUUAAAUUGUUCGGAAGACGAAAAAUGUAUGGGUGACUUGCUGCAGGAUACAGAAUUGUAUGUUCCCGAUUCGGGUCAAAUGAUCAUCAAAAUACGCUCGCCGUUAGUAUCAUCAGUUCGAAAUGGUUUUGCACUGAUUGAUUUACACCUAACAAGUUUUGUAACUUACAAACAGGAAGAUAUGGAUGUGAAAGUAUUGGAGUUUGAAUGGCUUGCAACGAUACAUGUCAGCAACGAAUACCUGAAUGAGCAUCUUGCCGAAAGAGUACAGAUAAAUCAAUUAUUUUAA